AUGAUUGUUGAUAAAGCUAAGAUAUAUACUAACAGUGUACACGGGCUAAAUUCACCAGCCAGUCGUGUCACAGAAUUUUUAAUUGAUCCUGAAAUCAGAGUUCUCAAUAAUCUACCAACUUUACCAUACACUGAAUCUUUUAUGGUUGCAUCUAGUGAUAAUAAUGGACAACAUUUAUAUGUUACAGACUCAUAUGGUACCAUAUCACAUGUUCUUGCUAGCGCCGUAGGAAGAAAAAGUGAUCUGAUUACAAAUAUUUUGGCUGAAAAUUAUUCAACUGCCAACAAAAGUAUUUUAGGAACCAUAGAGUUUGCAUUGAAGACACUGUGCGUAAUCAGUGAACCAGAUGCUAAACUUAUUGAUGUUUCAGUUACAGCAUUUAAUAGGCCAUUUGAAGUUGUUGAUAAUGCCAUAGUGAGCCAAUUUUUAUCAAAAAUCAAAUUUUUGACAAUAGUUAAUGAUGCAGUAAAAAUGAAUGAUUUAUAA